AUGGGUAAACUGAUCGAUAGAACCUUCCAACUCAAUUGUGGGACAGUCCUACCCCCUAGAAGUUUGAACAACUUUAGCCAUAAGUUGUUGGGCGAAGUGCCGCAAUACCACUGUGGAGUCACUACUAGCCUCAUGGUCAGCCCCCUCACUGCUACUACCUUCAGCAUUAGCAAUGUUAUCCCUGGAUUCCAUCCUGAAGAGACAAUUGAGAAAAUUGUUUGGAAUCUUGGUCGAUGCAUUGGCUCGAUUGAGAUCGUCCGAAAUGCCGCCAUCCAACACCUAGACGUACUCGACGCCAUUCUAUCCAUCACCAAUCGGGAUCCUACUCAGCGUAAACUCUUCAUUCACGGCCUUAGAUGGGACACUACCAUCAAGAACCUCCGCAAUCUCUUCUCCACUUACGGUGACCUCGAAGAAGCCGUCGCGAUUCUUGGCAAGGUCACUCGGAAAAGUAAAGGGUACGAGUUUAUUAUGUUCAAGCAUGUUAAUGGCACUUUGCUCACGGUAAAGAGGCCAAGUCGAUGCAUUGGCUCGAUUGAGAUCGUCCGAAAUGCCACCAUCCAACACCUAGACGUACUCGACGCCAUUCUAUCCAUCACCAAUCGGGAUCCUACUCAGCGUAAACUCUUCAUUCACGGCCUUAGAUGGGACACUACCAUCAAGAACCUCCGCAAUCUCUUCUCCACUUACGGUGACCUCGAAGAAGCCGUCGUGAUUCUUGGCAAGGUCACUCGGAAAAGUAAAGGGUACGAGUUUAUUAUGUUCAAGCAUGUUAAUGGCACUUUGCUCACGGUAAAGAGGCCAAAUCAAACGGUGGGUAACGGAGGAGCUCACGGCAUAUCGAUGUGGCAAGAUAUGAGACAUCUAAAAAGGAGACGAUCUGAUGGUUUGCAGCGAGCUGCAGGGAGUAUUAAUGAUCUGGGAACGAGAGCGCCACGCAUUGCCCAAUGA